UUGUGAAGUUACGUCUUUGCGUCAGUUAAAGACUUCAAAACGACCUGACAUCAACGACUUUUUAAAAACGAGAGUGUUCGUUUCGUGUUUCUGGUCGGAAACAAGGAAGAGACUGAUUUUCUCACGAGGCAGAUGGUGCUAGAAGACGACAUGUGUCUGGUUUGUUUGUGUGCUGAGGAGUGUGACAGCAUCUUAAAGGGCUCUUGAGACCAAAAUUGGAGUAUUAAAGAGGUGACAAGGGAAGACUGACGGGGACGGCAACAUUGUUGUCACAGAUGUCGGCUUAACAGAGAAGGAUGGGUCUACCUGUGGACAGCCCAGACAGAAAUGAUGAUGCACUUAAAUACCAGCAGCACGCAGAGGGGGAGGGGGGAGAAAGCCAAACUGAAGCCUGCGCCCACAUCCCCCCGGCCAUCAACCCAAAGAAGAGGAGAAAAGCCAAGAAGAGAUGACUGUGGAUCAACCUCACCAACUGCAAAUAUGAAAGUGUGUGUCGUGCUGCUUGCAGAUACGGCCUGAGGGAGGCAGCAGAGGGUGAAGAUUGGACGCUUUUCUGGACAGACUGCUCUGUGUCUUUGGACCGUGUUAAGGACAUGAAGCGCUACCAGAAAAUAAACCACUUCCCAGGUAUGAGUGAAAUCUGCCGCAAAGACUCGCUGGCCAGAAACAUGAACCGGAUGUUGAAGUUGUUCCCUAAAGACUACAAUAUCUUCCCCAGAACAUGGUGCCUUCCUGCCGAUUACAGUGACUUUCAAGCUUACACCAGGGCCAAAAAAAACAAAACGUACAUCUGUAAGCCGGAUACUGGUUGCCAAGGCAAAGGCAUCUUCAUCACCAGAUCAAGUAAAGACAUCCAGUCUGGAGAGCACAUGAUCUGCCAGGUUUAUAUCUCUAAGCCUUUCAUUAUGGAUGGAUACAAGUUUGACCUGCGGAUUUAUGUGCUAGUGACGUCUUGUGACCCAUUCAGCAUUUUCAUUUUCAAGGAGGGACUGGCUCGCUUCUGCACCACCAAAUACAACGAACCAACACACAGCAAUGUGGAUGAUGUGUGCAUGCAUCUGACGAACUACUCGAUCAACAAGAACAGCGAGAACUUUGUCCGUGAUGAAGACACUGGCAGCAAACGAAAACUGUCUACCCUGAACAAACUCUUGGAGUCACGCAGCUACAACACAGAGAAGAUGUGGAACGACAUCGAGGAUGCCAUCAUAAAGACUCUGAUCUCUGCUCACCCCAUCCUGAAGCAUAACUACCACACCUGCUUCCCCAACCACACCACCGGCAGCGCCUGCUUUGAGAUCCUCGGCUUUGAUGUGCUGCUGGAUCACCAGCUCAGACCCUGGGUGCUGGAGGUAAAUCACUCCCCUAGUUUUACCACCGACUCCCAGCUGGAUCGUGAGGUGAAGGACGCGCUGCUCUACGACACUCUGGUUCUCAUCAACCUGGGUGCCUGCGACCGUCGCAAAAUCACCAAAGAGGAGAGACGCAGGGUGAAGGACAGGCUGCAGCAAAACAGCACUAGAGAGGCCAGGUCGGAGGAGCUGCGUCAGUGCCAGGCCGCCACGGUGGAGCAGAUGGAGAGGUACGAGGCCAAACACCUGGGAGGCUUCAGGAGGAUCUACCCCAGAGAGGGGGGAGAGAAAUACGACAAGUACUUCAAACACAGCAGCUCGCUCUUUCAGGAGACGGCAGCGUCCAAAGCCAGAGAGGAGUGUGCCAGGCAACAGCUCCAGGAGCUGCGUCUGAAGCAGGAGCAGGAGAGAGAGCACAGAGGAGGCCGGAGGAAAGACCUACAGGGGGAGACGGCGGGGGAGCGUGUCCGGCCACAAAGACGAACUCAAACACAGCCCCCCAAACCAAACUGUGACUUCGACCUGCAGCCGCCGCUUUUGUCCAGUGUGCCGGAGAAUCCUGAAGCCGCAGAGGUCCAGGAGGAGGUGCAGGAGGCAGACGACGAGGAGCAGGAGCGGCUGGAUGCUCUGCAGAGCAGAAAGAAGCUGCUGGAGGACCUGGGGGUGGUGGAUCAGAUCCACGAGCUGCUGCAGGUCCAGAGAAAAGGAGGGGGAGGCAGCAAGGAUGUCUACCGCCUCCAGGAGAGCAAAGCGGCUCCUCAGAGACAGCAGCAGAGCAAGUUUGACUCGUCACAGUUUUCACAAAGGACAACACAACAAACCUUCACUCAGAGCUCACAGCAGCACCCUCACUCCCACAUGGCCCCGCUCGGCGUCUGGCCCUUGGUGGAUCAGAGGAGCCUGAACAUGUCCGGGUUCCUGCAGACUGAGAGCUACAGCAGAGUGGCAGAGAUACGCCGGAGCUUCAGCGCCCAGCGGGUUCACUGGACAGCCGGCGGCUCCCUCUCUCUGAAACAGGACACAGCCAGCAGCCUCUACACAGACGCCCGGUCCCGUCCAGGCAUCCCACUCAUAAACCCCGUCCCUAAAGGAGGCCUUCGCUGCAGCGCCCUCUUGUCCCACGACCCCGCUGCCCUGCAGAGCCUGCUCGUCAUCUCCUCCCGCGCCCCCCUGGUCCGGAGGCCUGGCUUCUCUCACAUCGUCCGAAACUCCAUCCGCAGAGCCCCCCAGCACGGAAAAGGCCAGUGAUGAGCCGGGUCAGGGGGUCUGGAUUAAAUCUGUGAAGGGUAGAGCUCCGGGAUGUGAGAGGUGGAGGUAGAGAGGCCUUAAAACUGUGAAAAUACACAAACGCACCGUGCCUGAGAUGAAUGUUGUUUUAUAUCUGCCUGCCACGAUAAAACCACAGCAGAAACAACAUCAGCACUCUCCACCCACUGAGUGUGUGCUCACAUGUGAAAGAUUUCACUCUGAGGAUGGAUUAUGUCACACAAUCCUGAAAAUAGUGCCAAAUAAAGCAGAAAAGCCUGAUUUCACUCCACACGAAGUCUUCCUCUACAAGCAUCUAAUAAACUCAGAUUAAUGGGUUUGAUAUGAGCUGAAAUUAUCCUUAAUAAACAGCAUGUUAGUGCUUUUAUUCAAGAGUAAAUCAGAUGGUAAGAUAAUCAGAGGGAUACUGAAAUAUGAAGGCUUUCUUCUUGUUCUUUUUCAGGGAAAGGCAGAUUCAUUUACAGAGCAUCAUGGAGCAAUUCAGAGUGCCUUAAGAAGGUAAAAACAGAACAUUUAUGACAUUAGGAGCAUUAAAAUACUACACAAAAGAAGUGAAAAGGAAAUCUAUCAAAAUUAGGGAUGCAGGAUUUGGAUUUUUGCUGUUACAAUCAAAUGAACAAAUUUUAGUCCUUAAACUCACUUUAAAAUGUGAGGAGUGGUGAUGAAUAAAGAAAGACUUCAGCUGACACAGGUGUGUUGGUCCAGCCUUAAAACUCCACUAACUUAUUUUGUUUCACGGCCAGUAUUACAGCUGGUUCAGGCAGAUUUUAUAGCCACACUAUCUGUUGUAAAUAUCUGCUAAAUUUUCAUCUCUGCCGAUACAAUAAAUUACUUUUUAGGCUAUUACCAAUAUGCCCAUAAUGUCAUGCAUCCCUAGUAAAAAUAAAAUAUAUGAAAUUAUAAGAUCAAAACAAAUAAAGGAAAUUACUUCAAAUUAAAACAGAACUGAAAAAAGAAAAUAUAUUAAAACAUUCCCAAAUUCAGUAUCUGCUCUGUGCACAUUCAGCUGAUUUAUGGAGUUUUACUUUCAUAUUUGCACUAAUGGUAAAUGAAAUAUUUUAAUAAAAAUGGGAUUUCUAUGUUUUUUCUCAGGAUUUGGUUCUGCAUAAUUUCACAGGGGUGAAAAUAUAUAUUUUUGCCAUGCCUGUUUUCAUUAUAUCAAUAAGGUUUUCCCACAUAUUUCAGUUUCCUUUUAUUUUUGGAAUCCUGCACCUUUUUCAAAUGAUGCUCAAAAAGAAGUUCACUCUUGUGCUUUUAUUUUGAAGUUUUUCUUUGAGAUAACGAGAUCAUAAAGUUUCAGAGCAUCUCUACAUCCACAUCUUUGGUUUCCUUCACAGACUGAAUAGACGAAACUGCAAAAUUAUCGACUUUGGAGACGAAAUUAUUAGAAUUAUAAAUAAACAAAUGCUGCAUAAAAACAUGUGUGUUUAAUACGGAGCUAAAAAAUAACGGGAAACUCAUUAAAACAAGAGAAAUGUGCCGUUUUAGCCAUGACCAUAUGAGAUUGUAUUAUAAAUUUCACCAGUGUUUGUGCGUAAAAUGGAUAAGAUGAGUAUUUUGGCAUUUAUUGCGCUUUUCUUUCUUUUUUUGCAUUUUUAUAAGCGAGUAGGAGAGUUUGAACACUUUAAGCUGCUGCAGGUGUAUUUUUAUGCAGAAUGACUUCUAUUUUUUGUUCUUCGAGCUGCUGCAGGCUGUAGAAAAUCUAGGCCUUUGCGCAAAAGCUCAGAAACAGCGGAGAAAUCAUUGAAAACGAGAGAAAUGUGCUGUCUUUACCAUCAAAAUAAAAAGUUUCGUCCUACGUUUCACCAAUGAGUGUGCGUAAAAAAUGGAUAAGAUGCGCAUUUGUGGCAUUUCUUACAUUUUCUGUCUUUUUUGCAUUUUAUUUGUGAACGGUGGGAGAGUUUGUGCACUUUAACUCUGGAUUGUUCCUGGCGUGAUUUUUAUACAGAAUCACAUGCAAAUAAUUUCUUCUUCGAGCUGCAGCCUGAGGAAAAUCAAGGCCUUUGCGUAAGAGCUCAAAAACAGUGGAACUACUUUGUUAAACAAUAGAAACUCGUUGAUAUUGUCAAAAAAAUGACACAAAUGUAAGCUUUCGUGCUCGAUAAAUCUCUCAUUACGCGUCUAGAGCAUUUCAAGCAUAAAUAUAAAAUCUGAUUUGGAUCGAGGGAGGUUUUGUAAAAUCGUAUUUCUAUGGUGGAAGGCCUUUACUUGGAGAAAGGAGGCAAAAAAUAUCACGAAACUACAUAAAAAUGUGCAGGCCUGCAGAGGGAAAUAAACACAUCUUUGUUUUAAGGCCUCAUUGGAUCAGUUGGAAUCAAAAUCUGUGACGCAGAUAAAAAAUACAAUGGAUUACAUUUAAAACCAGCAUUUUUACGCAUUUUCCCUUCUUUUUCAAAUCAAUUUUGUUCCUAAAAGUCCAAUUUUAAAGUCAGGAUGAUCGCUUUGUUGGAGUUUGAGUCUUUUGGAGGCAAAACAGACUCAAAGCGGAGGCGGACUGAGCUGCAUUCAAGGAAUUUAUGGUUUUAUUGCGUCUAUAAAUGUCGGAAAUCCUCAUUGGGAGUGGAAAUCAGCUGCAUUCAGACUGGAAAAAAGGCUUUUACAAACAAAGAAAACGGAAAUUGGACUAAAGAAAUAAAAGGAGCGUGAAUACGGAGUAAGAUUGUGGAUAUUUAAACCCAAAACAUCUCCAGUCUGUGCGCGUAAAUUUAAUUUUAUCCAGAUAUUCUAAUUAAAAUGGGAAGUUGGCGAAUAACUCGAGAUUUUGUUGGUUUAAAAUCCCCCCAGGUCUAGAAAUAAUCUGGUAAGACUUCAGUCUGAUCGAUCUGCAAUGACUGAAAGGAAAAAUCCUCCAUUUUGAGAUCAUAACAAGCGUCUUCUGCAGAAAUCCUUCAAUCUGAGCGCAAAACAGCCUCCUUCCUUUGUAUGUGGGGAUUUGAUAUAAAAGUAAAGAAAGUAACAGAGAAAUUGUUGAUCUAGAGUUCAGGAUUUAGGAGAUUUGAAGCCAGAAUAAUCCGGUUUAAUCCCUCAAACGUGUAGCUAAGACUGGAGUUAAGAAGAAGCAGUACAGACCUUUGGCGCUGGAUCAGAUCAAGGUGCACAUGACGCACAAUGUCACCCUCACUCUCCCUCAUCCUCACCCUUCCUCUCUCUCCUUUUUUAAGACUCCUGCUCCACAUUUUCAACAUUUCAGGCCUUGGAUAAAAUAAAGAUGGCGAUGAGAAAGCUCGUCUAAAGCACAAAAACGGCGC